AUGAGGCGAUGCUGCGAACGGAUGAUGUUGACGACGACUGGCAUUGUGUUUCCCAAGACACCACUCACGAACUAUUUUCCCAACUUCAUAGUAACCGAAGUCCGUCGUGUUGACCACCCUCCUUCCCCAUCCAAAUCGGUUUGUGUGGCGCCGUUUUCGUGUUCCUCUUUCCGUUACAAAAGGCAGCAUACGCUUUUUUCUUUUACAUAUUUAUUCAUAGGUUCAUCUACACAUCUCUCCGCUAUUGUGGUGAGUAUUUUGGGCAGCUCUGCGUACAGUUACCCUUGUCCUCCCCGCAUAAAAGCGAACGGCGAGCGGAGGCAGGAAGAGUAUAGGACUUGUGGUGGCGGUGUUGACGGCAAGCAGGUGCAGUACCGGUGGCGAAGUCCAGUUGCGCAACUCUACACCCCGCCCCUCCCACUGCAAGGGUCAAGACAACUGAGUGUGAAACGACGUCAAAAACUUUAG